AUGAAAAAUUCUCUGAAGUUUACAUCCGAAAAACCCAAGAUUAUCACACAGUUACCUAUACCAGCAAAUGAAACUCAAAAUAUUAAAGACGCUCUUUUAAAAAUGAUAAUAAAAUCAUUUAAAUAUAUCGAUAAUGCAAACAUCGCUAAAGCUUGGGAUUUGUACUUAAAGUUAGAAAAUUAUAGACUUUUAAACGAUUCGCCUAUUAAAUUUCAACAACAAUUAGUGAAGUAUUACAUCAAAAAAUCUGAUAUGCAAAAAGUCAAAAUUCUCAUUAGAAAUCUAAAACUUAGAAGUAAUGAUGAUGUAUGGUUGCGUUAUUUAACCAUAAUGGAACAUAUAUCAAAUUUUGAUAUGAAUGAAGCAAUAAAAUUAUUCGGUGAUUUAGUAUCGGCUGAUAAAGAAAUACCAAAAGAUUCCAUGCUUAACAUGUUGGUUGCACUUGUGUGUCACAGUAAUGUUAAAGCAAUAGAUGAUGUUUUCAUAUUUGCUGAGAAAUGGGCUGAAAAGUUAUAUUGUCCAUCUGCUGUGGAAGUUUAUAAUACAUUGAUUUCAGGUUGCGUUAAACAAAAAGAUUUCAAGAGUGCCUAUUCAAUAUUGGAAAUUAUGCGACGUAAAAAUCUGCAACCAAGUCAUGUAACUUAUAAUAUAUUAAUAAAUCUUUGUGCAAAACUUGAAAAGAAGAAAGAAGCAGAGGCUUUAUUCCAAGAUAUGUUGGAGGCAAACAUUCAACCUAAUGUCAGAACCUAUUCUAGUCUUUUUGAAGUAUGUGGAAAAGUAAAAGAUAUAUCUUCAAUCGAAUACUAUUUUAAACAUAUGAGUCGAAGAGGUGUUAAACCUAAUCAUCAUACUUAUAGCAUCUUAAUCACGGCAUAUGGUCGUGCUGGACUUUGUAAAGAAGCUAGUCGAUGGUUUUAUCAUAUGGUGGUAGUAUCUAAUUUAUCUCCAAACUUAAUAACCUACACAUCAUUAAUGGUUGCUUGGAUGCAAAAAAAUGGUGUUAACGAGCAAGUUGUGGAUAGAAUCUUUAAAGAUAUUAAAAAAGCAGGAAUAGAACCGGAUGCUAUCGCGUAUACUGCUCUUAUUACUGCUAAAGCAAGAUGUCGCAAGUUUACAGAAGCUGUCCAUGUUUAUCAAGAAAUGCUUGCAAACAAUAUAAAACCUACAGUGGUUACGUAUUCUGCCCUAAUUGAUGCAUCUGUUAUGUUGGGAGACUUAAAUACAUCGCUUCGAUUAUUUGAUGACAUGAAAAAAACGGAUAUUGCACCAAAUGAGUAUAUAUAUUGUAGCGUAAUGAGUGCUUAUAUUAACCAAAGAAUGCUUCCAGAGGCAUUUGAUACCUAUCAAAAAAUGCUAUCACAGGGUAUUCAACCAGAUACCACUUGCAUCAAUUGUUUGAUGGACGCUUGUAACAGAGAACGGCAAAUAGAUCGUGUUUUUGAAUUGUAUAAUAGUUUGGUCAAAAAUCCAAAUCUUGAACCUGAUGAACGUACAUUCACUAUUUUUCUUGAUUCAUGUGCUUAUAAUGGUCGUGUAAAUGAGGGCAAGUCAUUUUUCACAAAUCUUGUGAAUAAUUGCUAUCCGCUCAGUGAACGCAACUUCUAUGCUUAUAUUAAUUUGUUAGGAAUAAAUCAUUAUGGACACGAAAUUAUUGAUACAUUAAGAUUAAUGAAGAAAAGGCACGUAAAACCGAGUAGAUUCACUGUUUUAAUGUCUAUAAAUUACAUUUAUGAUGCAGAGCAAGCAGACCAUUUUUAUUUAAUGAAAAAUAUUUUAGAAGGGUGGGUUGAUAAAGAUGUUAUUCCACGUUGGCAACAAAUUAUCCAAUUUAGAAGAAGACAUCGUUAA